UUUCCUAGUCCAAAGUCCUGUAACGUUGUUCAUGUUGCGCUCUGAAGUCUGAAUCCUGAUUGUCCUAGACAGAUUAAUAUCAUCAUGAGUUAAUUCUGUUUAGCUAGAAUUGUAUCUAUAUUCACAAUAUCGAUUAGCAGGCUAAGAGCUUCUUUGAUCAGUAGUGUCAUCUAAGUCUAAGGUAGUUACAAACUUUAUCUACUCAGUGGAUGCUUGUAACUAUUGUUGAGGUAUCGAUGCUUCUCCCAUCCCCGAGGCGAGCUGAAAAUUCAGAGCCCCUCCUGUUUGGGCGCUGGCGGCGAGCUGGUAAUUCAGAGCCCCUCCGCCGGCCACCCGGCCGCGGAGGCCUCACGCCGUGCCCACUCCGGUCACGGCGUCCACCAUAGCCAUCGCGAUGGCUCUCGCGGAUCUGAACUUCGACAUGGGUCAAGAUUUUGCCGCUGAAGUGUGGAGGAAAUGGGGAGUACCCAUCAACUAUGAAGAAGGUAAAGAUAUGGAGGAAUUCAUUUUAGUUGCUGAGUUCACCCGUUCGCGAAUCAGGCUCACGGUGGAAUCUGUUGCCACGAUCCUCCUGUCCUGUUUCGGUGGCCGGGCAUCCCUGUUCAAGGUUCAAUUGCUUCAAAAUUGGUCUUUUCGGUUCUCGGUUUCAUCCAAAGAAGUUGGUUUCUCUAUCAUAAAAGGAGGUAACAUCUCUCUACCUCUUCUCAAUAUCAACUUUCUCCUAUGGGGAUCUGGAGGCCCUAAUUCUUCCUGGGAACUUGAUCAAUAUCUCCAAGAGAAGGAAGAUGCAUGGACUCAUGUCUUCCGUGAUCACCCUAGAAAAUCUUACCUUCAGGCUCUUCGUACACCCACUUCGUACAUCCAGCAUGCUCCCACCCCGAUCAGAUCUCCAGCUCGAUCACACCAGCAGCAUACAGUUCAUCCUUCCGACCGUGAUCGUCGCCCGGAACCAUUCAAGGAUAGUUAUGAGAGGGCGGGCAAUCCGCCCAUUCAAACCGCGUUUAAUGGGCUUUACUGCGUCAGGUGCCUCAUGCAUGGUCAUCUCAGGCCCAGCUGCACUAAUAGGAUUAAAUGUAGAAACUGUAAGCGUUGGGGCCACAUCGCCCGGGACUGUUUCUCUGCUAAACAGCCCAGCUCAAGCCCAAUCCUACAGCCCACUAGGCACCCCACCCUGCCGUCUCAGCCCACAUCCAACGCGACACCGAAUCUAAUGAUUCCGAGGCAAAUCACCACUGUUGCCGCGAAUGAGACUAAUCAGCUAGUCAGAGGGUCAGUCAUUACCCCUGCCUACCAAGAGAACAGAGGAGACGCCUCGAUUUCCGCCGGAGCGGACAUCCGCCAUUACAAUCCUGCCACUCCAUCCAUCGCCCAAAGAUUGAGAGCUGCGACCAUCCAAGACAGUGCUCAUUCCCCUCCUCUCCGCCUCGCAAUCCACUCUUCUUCCCCCUCAUCCGCACAAUCCAUGGCGGCCUUCCCGUUCGACCCGAGCCCCUUCAUCCCUACCGGUCACCACCGCGUCGACGUCGCGGGUAGGCCGGCGCGCAUUCGUAUCCUGACUGGAGCGGUACCAGCGGCGCAUGAAGAAUGGGCCAUUGCUACCAUCGUGCCGAUGCCCAACCUGCCGGUUCAGUUUGCUACUGUUCGCGAGGUACUCUCUGAGUUUCUUACUGAUGUUAAGCACCUGAGAUUUUCUGAGAUUUCACCCUGCCCAUUUGGACAAGCCUACAUCAAGUUUGAUAGUGUGUUUGAUCGGGAUGAAUUAGUGAACAGCAGCCCGCACCCCUUCACUGAUGUGCAUGUCAUUUUUGAGAAACAUAAUCAAGGACUGAAUUGGCGCAAACUCAAUCUUAGCAGAGAGGUGUGGAUUUUGUUAUGUGGAUUUCCUUUGGACCGUCGCAGCAUUCAUGAGAUUAGCAAUGCUAUCAGUAAGUUUGGCAAGUUUGUGAUGUGGGAUAGAAACAGGAGUACUCGGGCAAAUCUUAUGGUCAAAAUAAAGGUGGAAGAACUGAGAGAUAUUCCUUCCAGCAUCGCUAUUGGAGAAGGAGAUGAUACUGCUACCCUCUCGGUACCUGUGGUGAUUCUGCAAGACACUUCAUUAGGAAGAGAAGCACCUGAUGAGGACCCGAUCCCUGCAUUUGGUAACCCACACCCAGUCCCUGCUCAGGCUCAUUUCCAUCAGAACCAGCAUAAUCACUUUCUGGGACCACUGCAAUUCCAUGAGCAAGAUGCAGUACAAGCACCAGUUCAGAACCCGAUUUUGGAUCUUCAGUUAGGAAUUCAGGUUGAUGAGGAGGAGGAUAUGGCGGAGCUUCCUGGAUGGGGACACUGGGCCAUGCCGGCAGAACAAGAACUUGCUGACCAGGAAUUGCAUGAUGGAGAAUUUUUGCACUUACAUGAUCUGAUGGAGCCCAUGGAAGAGAAAUAUGUCCAUCCUGAGGUUGAGCAGCUACCAGCUAACAGUAAUGUCACUGUCUCAGAUGUGCCACCAAAUAUUAGUGCUGAAACGGCUAACUCUGUUGUUGGGCCAUUGGCGCCGCUUGACCCUCUGCUACCUGAUUUGAAUGCUGAUAUUGGACAGACUGGGCCUGAGGAACCUGUUGGGCCCAUCAUGGCCCAGGAUCUUCCCACAGUGGCAGUUCUUGAGGAGAUGAACCUGGCUGUGCAGCCACUUGAAGAUCUGCAUCUCUCAGCCAUCCUAAAUAAUCACUCUGUGGCCCUCAUCUCCCACAUGGUAGAUCCCAUGCAUUUUGAGAGCUCCAUGCCUCCAAAACCUAACCUUAUCAAUGAGGUGGUCAACUCUGAUGAACUGGUUAAACCUCUAGUUGAAGCUUUUACUGUGGAAGCUGCUCAAUUGGAGGCCACUCUACCUGUGCUACAAAACCAAGUUGCUCCUAUUAUCAGCAGGGAGGAUAUCAACCCAACUAUGCAAUCUCACCCCCCUGUUACCAAUCAGCACAAUGAUUAUUCAGCUCACAUGAUGCUUACUCAAUCAGAUCCCAUGAAUUAUGCUGAAGGGCAAGGUGAAUCCUCUUCUUCUGAUGUUUCUGCCCCUCCAGGUUUUCCUAUUCCUAUGUUUAAAUCUGAUCACUUGAUUAUCUCAGAGACAGGCCUACCCUCUCCCACUGUCCAUGAGAUUGCCAUUGGUACUGCUGAGAAGUACCUUGGAAAGGAAGGAGCUCAAAUAUGGUCCAAACAUUUUGCACCUACAGCUACCAGUAAGGACAUCAUUCAGGUACCAGUUGACUGGGUUAAUUUCCUGUCUGUUACUUUCCUUUCUCCUGAGAAGUACGAAUGGGCAAAACAGUUCAUUACUUCCAAAGUUUGGGAUAUUAUCUCUCAAAGCAAGAAGGAGGAGCUCUGUCUACCUUUUGCCUUGCCAAACUCAUGCCCUGACAGCUCUACUCUCUCUGGUAUCUUGGUAACUUCUCAGGAUCAGGAGAAUACACCUAGUGUGUUGUGUGGCUCACAGGAUAUCAUGUCAUCAUCCACCUCUGCUAUUCAUCACAACAGGAAGAGGAAGGACAAGGGGCCACUGGUGGAGACAGAGGUCAAUGCCCAGGAAACUACAGAAGAGAAGCUUACCACUAAGAUCAAGAAACCCAAGGUUGCUGCCAAGGCAAAGGAGGGGACAAGCAAAUCCAAGGAGGGGGGCAACAUGUCCAAGGAAGGGACCAUUAGUGCGAAGAGCGGGCAGUAAUUAGUUGGUCUCUUUGUCAGUGCUGGUAUCUGAACUUUUGGGAUGAGGAUUUUUGUCUCUGUGAUGUAUAUUUGGGUCUUACUAGCUUUGGUUUCUAUGGAUCAGACUAAAUGUAUGAGAUUCCAGUAUGGUAUGACUCUAUGGACCGAAGUUA